UUUUAGACACCAUUUUGUUGUUGAUCUGGAUCAUUCUAACAAUAACGUUGCGUGCCGAUGGUUCUGCUUUUCCAUUUAUGUAAAGAUCCAGAAUGUCUUCCAACAGAGGUGGGAACAGUUAUGAGGUGCCCUCAACUCCGAACUAUAGCGAGGAAUCUGCCUAUGGUAGUCCUACUGGGCCUAGAGGAGAACAUUUCUACACAUACCUUACAGGGGGCAAAGAACCAGUCUAUCCAGGUCUGAAUGGGAAUGAACCUAGACAGGAUCUGCCGCCAACAAUAAGGUAUGAUAGUUCCACAUCAACAUCAAUCUAUGCAGAGAUUAAAGAUCCCUCAAACUUUGCAAAAUUGGCCAUGAUCAUAGCAUUUGUAGCAGUAUGUGUAGUCAUUGCUGUUGGAGGUGCAAUUAUAGGGAUGCACUUUGCGGGAUCAUUUACAGACACUCCUGCGACAACCAAAGACCCAAGGCCGACCACAACAACUGCAACUACCGCAGCAAUCCAUAUGACAACCAAAGCAAAUCCUGUGACAUCAUCAACGACUCCUACAACAGCAGUAGAAGCUCCUGUAACAGCCACAAGAACUCAUGCGACCACCACGACAACUCCUGCGACAACUCAUAUGACAGCCAAAAUAACUCAUACAACUACCACAGCAACUCAUGUAACAACCUCAACAACUCCUGUAUUUACCACAAAAACUCCUGUAACGACCACAACAACGACGACGCCUUCAACAACCUCAACAACAACUACGACGC